AGAUCGUGUGUGUCGUUUCCAGGAGGUCAACGGAACUUCUGUCCGACACUAUUUUGCAUCCGUGUGGAAACAACAUAGCCAGCUGAUAGAUAGUCCUCAGUUGGAGCUGCUGUUCGGGGAUUUAACACGUGCAUUAUCCUUUACCUGUCAAUCAGUAGGUUUCUGAUCAUGUUGGGGCUUUUAACGCCCCAGACUCUUUGUGUUAAAGCAUUCAUCAAAGCUUUCAGACAGACAAACAGACCCAGAUGUUCCUCAGCCAGCUGUCGGUCUGAGUACAUCCGCAGCUUUAUCUCAGAGAACACAGAGGUGGUAGGAGAGCAGAGUCUGACCCCGGAGGUCAAACUGAGGCUGUUCACACCAAACUGCAGGUUCUGGAGAGAGAAACCAGACCUCUGGCCUUUUGAAGACCCCUACUGGGCCAUCUACUGGCCAGGAGGACAGGCUCUCUCAAGGUUUCUCCUGGAUAACCCUGCAGUGUGUCGGGGUAAGACAGUCCUGGAUCUGGGGAGCGGCUGUGGAGCCUCAGCCAUCGCUGCAAAACUGUGUGGUGCUGCUCAUGUAGUUGCCAAUGACAUUGACACUGUUGCAGCCAUUGCGACCCAAAUGAACUGUGAGCUGAACGGUCUGGAGCCGCCAGUUUGUCAGACUAACAACAUGAUUGGUUCACAACCCCAGGGCUUCGACCUGAUCCUCCUGGGUGACAUGUUCUACGACGAGGCCCUCGCCACCAGCCUUCACGGCUGGCUGGACCGCUGCAUCAAAACCCACGGCACCAGAGUCCUGAUCGGAGAUCCCGGAAGAGCCCAGUUUGAGGAACACGGCAUCCGACGACUCCUGCGUCAGCUGGCUCAGUUUGAGCUGCCCGAGUCUGUCAGAGAGGAGAACUACGGUCUGACCUGCAGCAGUGUUUGGAGCUACCGUCCUGAACUCUGAGGACCUGAGAGGAUACAACGUGCUGUCGCAAGGACUGUGAGGUGUGAUGUGAUUACUUUGUAGCUAUUUUAUAGACUCAAGGUCACUCAGUUGUCACUUGUUGCCUUACCGAAAACUAUCUUCUGAUAUGUUUUUAAUACCAAGGAUGCUAUUUUUUUUUUUUAAACUUACACAAGGAAUGUUGAAGUGCAGUGUUGACAUUUAGAUUUGGAGCAAAAUCAUGCGACGAGUCCACUAAGCCCCACACCUCUUGCUCACAAAAACAAAACAAAGUCUUGGAAUAAGUGGCAGAUAUGGAGCCCCCAUAUGUUCAAUAUUACACAGAUAAAUAUUUAAUUAUGAAACAAAGAAUGUCAUCAUUGAAUUAUGUUUUUUUUCUUUUUAUUAUUGACUUUGGGGCUCCAUAGAGUUUGGUUUUGUGGGACACUAAUUAUUUAAUACAAAUCUUCAGCCUUGUUCUCUAAUAGGCGAGUUGUGCAACAUUUCUUAUCAUGCAACAUUUGAUCUGUGACUCAGAGCCCUGAGGCAUUAGUAACUGUCUCAUCUGUAAGUGGAACUGAAACCAGUGGGACUGCAGAGUCCUCUUCAAUAGAGAGCAAUACUGAGGUGACAAAUUGAUCAUUAGGAGAAACAUUAUAAAUUGACAUUACAGAAACACGGUGUAAAUGUCUCACUAGAUGCCGAUCACUACCAUAUAUUUUAUAAAUGUCCAAAAAUGGUUUAUAUAUAUACACAACACAAGAUAUUAUUAAUAGCUAGUAAGAAAGCUAUCACAAGGAAAUGGGGUAGAGUGGAACCCCCUACACACGAGCAGUGGAUGGGGGUAGUAGAGGAGAUAUACAUAAUGGAGAAGCUGACAUAUCGUUUAAGACUUCAGGAAACACAGAUGGAAGACAAGUGUGAGAAAUGGACAUUAUUUAAAAAUCAAAACAGCGACGAAGACGGCAGAAAGGACAACUGAUUGAGUUGGAAAUGUCAUGAGAAUGUAUGGAAUAAUGGAAGUGUAACUCCCAAACACGAGUCCUGUAUGUAUUGUUCCCUUUGUUUGCAGGUGUGACUGUGUACAUGCCCAUAUGUUGUUGAUAUGUGUAUAACCUUGAAAAACAUCAAUAAAAACUAAAGUGGAAAAAAAAAAAAAACUCAACAUAACUUC